CUUCUUCUCAUUCCAUUGAUCAAAAACCAUAAGAAGCUCUAAUUAUCCUCUCUCUCUCUCUCUCUCUCUCUCUCUCUCUCUCUACACAAACAAACAAACAAUCUUAUUGAAAAUAAAGAAAGAAUAGUGAUCAGAAAUGGAUCAAAUAGAAGCAAGUACUUCAGUGGUGGCAAAGAAGCUAUGGAACAUAGUAAGAGUAGUGUUUAUAAUGAUGAGGAAAGGAUUAUCAAAGAGCAAAAUCAUGGUUGAGUUUCACAUGCUCAUGAAGAGAGGUAAGCUAGCCGGAAAGGCCUUAGCUCACAACUUCAUUCUCAACCACGGCGCCUUCACAUCCUCCUCCGCCUCUUCUAUUGGCGGAGGAGGAGGGUUCGGGUGCCGCUCGAGCGACGCCGUUUCAUUCGUGUCUCCAAGAGAGUACGAAUUCAGCUGCAGCAACAGCCCAGCUGCCCCAGCCUUUAACAACUUGUACAAAAGUCUCGGUCACUUCAACAAGCGUAGUAGCAACAAACACUACUUCGCCAAGUCAUCAUCUUCGUCUGCCAGUACAAAAUUCGAUUACGACGACGUUUCGAACACCGUUAACGCCGUCCAAAAGGUUCUACUUGAGAUGUACAACAUGAAUCAUAAUAAUAAUAAUAUUGAUCAGGCGUCGCCGUUAGUGACGUUACCCGGGUUUGGAAAGAGUCCUUUGGGGAUGAGGCAGUUGAGAAUAACGGACUCGCCUUUUCCGUUAAAUUACGAGGGAGGUGACACUCAGGUGGAUUCUAAGGCUGACGAUUUCAUUAAAAGGUUUUAUAAGAAUCUUAAGAUGCAGAGCACCCCGGCUCGAUCUCAUGUCUACGGUUGAUAUAUAUAUAUAUUAAUUAAUACGUACAUGUACGUUUUUGCAAAGGAAAAAAAAAAGAACAUGAGUAGUGUGAAUUAAUUUGACCAAUGGUGGCUUUUUGAUUUUCUCCUUCAACUUUUUUUUAGUCUCUUCUUUUUUUCCAGAAGGGUUGUGAUAUAUAAAUGAAUUAGUUUGUUACACUUAGUAUAUAGCUAAAAAGGCGUCCAUCGACCUGGAGUGAGAUCCAUACAUGGUUUUGAUGAUGAUGAUGAUGAUGAUGAUGAUGAUGAUGAAUAUGUUAUAUUAUAUGUAGUUUGCUUUUUUGGGGGCCAUAUAAAACUUCUUAAUUUCACUAUAUAUGUAUAUGUAUUUAUAUAUAUAUGGUCAUGUAAAUUUCCUAAUUAUUAAUUACAUAUAUAUAUGUCACUUUUGUUUUA